AUGGGGUCUUCAGCAAGUACCAGAAGGAUUUCGUCAGCCAGGAAAGUUGAAGGACCUUCCUCAUCCAACGAAGUACAUUCUGGUGGACCACUAGCGGAAGGGCAGAGCAAAACGUUGACCAAAGACGAUGCUGUUGUAGUUCCAGAUGAAACCGAUGGCGGUCCUUCACAACCGAAAACGAUUGCUUCACCGAACUCCAAUGGAAAAGCCGAUGCUCAGAAUGUCGCGAUUCAGCAAGAAGGCACUAUCGACGAUGCUUCAUCGGGGACAUUGACUGCCAUUUCAGAUAUUCUUCUCGUUGACUCUGCAGCUGCUAAAGCAAAACGGAUCGAAGAGUUCGGUGACGAGGUAAAACAAUGCCUUACCCUUGUCAAAGCCAAUAUCAAGCACAUUCAGGAUUGUAAAUGUUUCCCAUGCACCUCGUGUCUUGAAAGGAUGAAUGACAUCCGCACAGUUUCAUAUAACGAUGACCUUGAUCUGAACGCUGUAGCGGAUGGUUUGGGCAUUGACACGGACUACUGCAAAAUGUUUGCUUAUACGUGGACAAAGGGAGAUAUGGUACAGAAGCUUGAAGGCGCUGAUCAACAAGAAGAACUAUCACAUGAGCUCACACACAUGUUCACAUUCUAUAACGCACUGCUUGGUUCUGGUUGGAACUUUACUGAUGAGUCUGAUUACUUCUGUUUACAAAUGGAAGAAGAUGGAUGCCUGUCUUUGAUUGUCGAUUGGUUUUUACACCUCGUGAAGAGUGACACGGAGAUGAACAAAUGGGUAGAUGCAAUGAUUUUUGAAGCGAUAAACAUAUUUCAAAACGCCUUCAGAAGAGUGCCGACUCUGACUCCCAAGCAUCAUCGGGCAGUGCCUGCCUUGCAGAAAUUUGGCGAGUCGGAAGACAGCUUGACACAGACAAUGGCAUUCAUGACGUUGGCAAAGCUGGUGAAGAAAGAAGAGGCCGACAAGCUUUCCACCAACUACACCUGUAUCGUAUCACUACUUUCGCUGUUGAAGAAAUGUCUCUCCAACCCUGAUCAUAAGGCAGAGUCACGCCGACAAUCAUCCAAGGAGAAAAUUGGAAAAUCUAUUAUUAUUCAUGCAGAGGAGUUAGUCAAAUCAGUAGAUGAUCUGGCAAUCAACGACAACAACAAACGGCUGAUAGUUGAAAAGGGGGGCAUUCCUAUCCUCGCUAAAUUGCUCCAACAAGAUUGUUCCGUGGAGGAGAAAACUUCUGCCGCCAACGGAAUCUGGAGACUAGCAUUUCUCAAGGAAAAUAAAGAAAAGCUGCGAAAAGAACAGGGUAUCAUCUACAAUCUGACGGAGAAUUCACAGAGUAAAAACGAAAAUCUCCGCAAUGCUUGUAUGGGCGCUCUCUUCGAGAUCUACGAAUCCAAACUUCCCGAAGGCCUGACCCACAAGAAAACAGAUGUCGAGUCACAGCAGAGGGCGCCGUCGGACAGUGCAAAGUCGAGUGGACACAUCAUGCUCAGCUACAAAUGGGAACACCCGUCUAAACCUGUGAUGCGCGAGUUCAAGAAACAGCUGCGAAAAAGAGGCUACAACGUAUGGAUGGAUGAAGACCACAUGAGAAGCGUGACCCUCAUCAGGAACUGCCUUCACCUAUGGUUUGUGACACCAGCAUCUGUAGCAGCACAACUGUACGAGAUCUUGAACUUGUUGGGUGAUAAAAUUGGUGCCAUGGCAGAAGCCGUAGAGAAUGCUGAUAUGAUCAUAGCAUGUAUCACACGUGGUUACCAAGAUAGUCAAGAGUGCCGUACAGAAGCGUCUUAUGCCUACGAAUGCAAGAAGAAGAUUAUCCCUGUGAAGGUGAAUAAUGACUUCAAAGCUUCUGGUUGGCUAGGCGGUAUCACGGCAGGGAAGAUCUACUAAAUCGUUCAGCAAGCCGAGCUUGUCUCCGAGGUACUCUCCAGCAUCAUUGAAAAAGAAUUCGCAGUGCAGAAAGAAACGGUCCAGAACAUGAACGCUGCUCCCGGUCCCCCGUCUCCAGAGCAAGAACCGAAACCACCUCCAGUGGAAUCUCAAGUACCCGGAUGGGAUUCCAAGAAGGUCCAGGAUUGGCUGGCAGCUAACAGCGUCACAACACGUAACAAAGCUUUGAAAACCCUCAAUGGAACCCAACUACUGCAACUGAAGAAACUACUAA